AUGAAACCCCACAAGAAAAGCAUCCGAGACUUCUUCUCUCCCGUACCGACAAAUUCCACAAGUGCUGCUGCUUCGCAAUCGACCCUGCCCCAGAGAAGUACAUGCUCCCUGCCGUCUGAGACUUGCUGCCUCAGGCUGACCCAUCCCACCGCUGCAGAUGCAAAACAUGCGCCUACCCGUCAGUCUAACCCUCCAAAAUCUUCUGCAGCCCUCCCGGACGCUGUCUCGCACGUCACUCACCCCCCGCUUUCCUCGUCGAAUCCCUCCGUUUCGACUGCGCCUUCCACAACAAGAGCUGCAAGUGCCGAUGCCCCGCCCUUGAACCCCUCUCAGACAUCCGCAAAUUCAGGCACAAGCAGGCGAAUAGAGUCAAAUGGCCAGCAGAUGGUCUUGAAUUCCGACUCCGACGAUGACUCGCUCCCCGACCUGGAUUUUGGUAUACCCGUGACAAAAGUCAAGGCCUUGACUACCAUGACCACGACACGUUCAAAACGCACAUCCGAAGAUCAAGUAGAUGGAUUACGCAAGCCCGUUAAGAAGGCGAAAGGUGACAGGAUCAACUUCAGCGCACUAGUACAAACAGCCCAGAAGAACCGGGAAACAGAGCGACAGAUCCUGGAACACAAGACUGCUCUCGAGACACCUCUGGAGAUACCCGUGAAUGCAUCCAUUACAAUAAACGAAGAGACGCUUGGCCAAGUCGUAGAUGAUGAUGAUGAUCCGGAGAAGGCGCACCGCCUCUUCCAGGCUAUGCAGAGAACGAACGCUACACAGCUAGAAAGCACUUUCCAUUUUUUCAAAGACAACUCAGACUCGAACUCAAUACCAAUGCGGGCCGCAUUUCCCAUCAGAAGCUUACCCAACCAUCGAUGGGUAUCGAACUUUGAAGACUCGUACGCCAGGGAUCAAGCUUUCAUGACCGGCUUCGCUCAACAGAUAUUUCAUCUACAAAAGCUGCCUCCAGAGCUAGCUUCUUGGAUGAUUGAUCAGAUUUCCUCGAGUCGGAAUGAGGCGCUCAAUUACAAGUAUAUUGAAAUCCUGGAGUCUGAAAAACAUAACAAGCAUCUCUACACGCUUCUUGACCGUACAAGACUAGAAACAUUGUUUAGGGAGACAGGCGCUGAUAUGGCACAACUCGAAGCGUCAACCGAACUUACGCCGGUCUUUGUACCACGAUCCGAAACCAGAGUCUCGCUUCCGCUGCCUUUAAUUUCUAUCGCCAAGCUGCUUGAGCGAGCAGCACCAUGCUUGCAAUCGCAAACCCGAAGUCGUGCGCUAUACAUACUCAGCCACGUGUGUCUUGAUGAUAGAGUCAUGGCAGAUGCUGCCAUUAUGCACACCAUACAGGACGCUAUGGGAGCUAUUGUAUGCAGCUUUGCUAACAACCACAAGCUGGCCUCCGCUGUAGGGCGCCCUUCACUACAACACAACAUUCACACUCUAAUAUCUACACAGCUCAGCGAUGUCGUCUCUCAACUACUUGCAAAAGUGACGCAUCCUUUGCUCCAAAGAAACUUGAUUCGUUCUUUUCCAACGACAUCGCCGUUGACAGCAUAUUUGCAACGUCAUCUGGCCCUCGCAUUUCUAGUUCACCCGACUCCAGUCGACGUGCCACUUUCGGACCCGAAGGUUUCCGACAUCAUCUAUAAGCAUAUGAAGAACUCGCCAGGUUUCCAAGUAAACAAGAAUACGAAUUACAGUCAUCUCGCUGCACGUUUGGCUCUUCUUGACAUCGCUAUUGGGCCCGGUUUAUUGGACGUUCCUUACCAACCCCUAUCAAGUCCAACGACUUCAGAAGCAGGCUCUUCUCCAGUCAGCGCUCCAGUACCUGCGUCAUCUGAGGUGAGAGACUUCAACAAUCAGGUGGAUGCACUUGCUCGAGAAUUUCAGCUACUUGGUAAUUCUAUUGUCGAAGCUGGCGCUGUAGUGGAUUUGACCAUCAUGGACACGAAGGAUUCUAUAGAAAGACUACGCGCACGACUUGAGCACGCCGUACGGAUAGGCGGAAAGAAGGCUCACAACGUGUUUGGGAAUGAUGAUGAGGAUACACAGCUCAAAGUCAGCAAGUUCUUCACGAAAAGAAUGCAGAACUGCACCCCAGCACCAUUACGUGGCAUCUUCGAUGGAGAGGACGACGUCGUGUCAGACGUCGCGGAUUCCACAAAGACUUGA